CGACUACCCACGUGGACGACUUCUAAUUUUUGAAGAUAAAUUUUUACCAAUUUUUUUUUUCUCAAUUCCAUUCAUGGGUUUGGUUUAGUUUGGACGUACUUUUAAUAUACGGGCUUUGAAGAUUUUUGUUUUACCUUGACUUCACCUUCUUCCAUAAGCUCGCCAAAAAAAUUCCAUUACUGGAUCAAGCCAUCAUGACCUCAUACUAAGACAUUAACGCAAAAAUAUCGUCUCCUGUCGUCUGUUUCUCUUUUUACAAAACCAACAACUUAAUUAUUUACUGAUAUCAAUUCUGACAAGCGCCCAUAAACUGGGCGAGGGAAGAACAAUGAGGAAAUAAGAAAUAUAAUACUCAAACAACUGGAAACAAUUUCUUAACAGAUGUGUCGUCAUCAGAACCCGCAGUGAUACCAACAGCAGUUUCCACAACUUCACGAACUUCAACAAACAAGCCCUCUCAACAAGGUGAGUAAUUGUCUGCGUUGUUCCUUCAACUUGUAUUGGACUCGUUCUUUUGUUUUGUGUUUGUUUUCGUUGUUUCUUUUAUUUAUUUUUUAUUUUUUUCACCUUUAAACUUUGUCUUGGUCUAUAAACUCACCAAACAAACAAACAAACAAAUUUCCAAUAUCUAGCCAUUCGUGAUCUCACAAUAAGCUAUCGUCUCUACCUUCUGAUUCUCCUUUACAAAACCAAUAACUAAUAACAAAUAACAAUUCCGCCAAAAGAACGUAAACUGGACGGGGGAAACAUAGUAAUGAUGAUAUUAAAAAUAAAUAAAUACUCAAAUAACUGAAAACAAACUAGUGUGAGUAGUUAUUAUUGUGCACCAACAUGAUGUAUCGUCAUCAGAAGCCACAGUGAUACCAACAGACGUUUCCACAGCUUUACUAGAUUCAACAAUCAAACCUACUCCACUCGGUGGGUAAUUUUCUGUGUCUUUGCUUCGACUUGUAUUGACCGCCNGUUUGUUUUCGUUGUUUCUUUUAUUUAUUUUUUAUUUUUUUCACCUUUAAACUUUGUCUUGGUCUAUAAACUCACCAAACAAACAAACAAACAAAUUUCCAAUAUCUAGCCAUUCGUGAUCUCACAAUAAGCUAUCGUCUCUACCUUCUGAUUCUCCUUUACAAAACCAAUAACUAAUAACAAAUAACAAUUCCGCCAAAAGAACGUAAACUGGACGGGGGAAACAUAGUAAUGAUGAUAUUAAAAAUAAAUAAAUACUCAAAUAACUGAAAACAAACUAGUGUGAGUAGUUAUUAUUGUGCACCAACAUGAUGUAUCGUCAUCAGAAGCCACAGUGAUACCAACAGACGUUUCCACAGCUUUACUAGAUUCAACAAUCAAACCUACUCCACUCGGUGGGUAAUUUUCUGUGUCUUUGCUUCGACUUGUAUUGACCGCCAUAGUCUAGCUGAUACAGCUAAAUCAUUCUGAAUCCAUUAGUACCGGAUAAAUACAUGUGUAACAAUCUACAGAUAGUCUUACAGUUGAACCCUUUUGAUACAGACACUGAUCUGAGGGCGCCAUAGAUAGUACCGGUAACAAUGGCCGUUUUUAUCCUACAGUCGCAUUAUCUGCCUGGACAAACUUGUGCAAGCAUUUGUAUUCCGUCUGGUUAUGCGUCUUAAGUAUAAAGACGGUCACAGGACGCAUUAUGUGUCUGAACGAAGUAUCCUUCGUAGUACGUCUUGAACGACGCACUACGAAAGGCAUACAAAUGUUUGCAAAAGUUCGUCCCGAUGGUUAAAAAACGGCCAAUGACACUUGAUUCCUCUUCUAACUUGCUCUAUCAACAUCAUAUGUCUGUUAACAAAAGCAGGAGCCUAUGGCUGCUGUCUAGGAGGUCACUCACUUCUUGUUUAUUCAACUAAAGCUUUUAAAGUGAAAGGAAUGGAAGCAUGAAAAUGAUUUCUGAGUUAAACUAUUUGCAAAAUACGUCAUUGAUGAUAAUUUAUGCAUUAGGUUCGGCACGUGAAAAUGUCGACGUCUGAAUCUAAGCCGUUCCAAGUCGCAAUACUAGGCCGGGUUAGGCUGAAACAACGGCCAAGCAGUUCCAAAUUGAAAUAGAAUUUAUGCAGACGCCGAAUGUUUCGCGUACUUAAUUAAUUCCAUGUAAUUAGGCUCGGCACAUGUGAAGUUCAGUGUCAUAACUAGGUUAAGACUAAGUUAUAAGUUGGACUGUUUCUUUAAAAGUCUUUUAGGCCCUGUUCAGACACCACCCCACUUACGUGCCGAACCUAAUUGAAUAGAGGAGGAGAAGUGUAACGUCACGUUACCAUGGUAGCAAAGUUUUUGGAUCACAGCAAUGGAGAGCUUAAGUAACGACCAUAGCCUGCGAGCAAGCUCUCCUAUUUGGGCGAGUGAAACGAGUCUCGCGAGAACGCGCGAGCGAGCGGCGAAGCCGCAAGAGGCAGAGGAAAGGAGAGCUUGCAACGAUCCCUUACAAAUUGUUAUUUGUACUUCGCCCAGAUGAAGGGAAAUACCAUUGGCUGAAAAAUGGCGUUCCGGAAAUCAAAGUUGAUUGAUAACAGGCCAAGCUGGCACCCGCUUCGUCUGUGUGUCAGAUUUGGUUCUCAGGGGGAUCAGAUUGAUACCGAGAACUUGUUUCAGCCCUCAACGCAGACGGGCUCGUUUGAUGUAAUUCUCGCAAAGAGAAUAUUGCGUGCCGAGGAUAAGUCGGACCGAGUUUGUAGUUCUUGUGGAAGGAAAAUGAAAACCCUUCAUCAGUUGUAUUCAUUUGUGUCAAGCGNUUGAACGACGCACUACGAAAGGCAUACAAAUGUUUGCAAAAGUUCGUCCCGAUGGUUAAAAAACGGCCAAUGACACUUGAUUCCUCUUCUAACUUGCUCUAUCAACAUCAUAUGUCUGUUAACAAAAGCAGGAGCCUAUGGCUGCUGUCUAGGAGGUCACUCACUUCUUGUUUAUUCAACUAAAGCUUUUAAAGUGAAAGGAAUGGAAGCAUGAAAAUGAUUUCUGAGUUAAACUAUUUGCAAAAUACGUCAUUGAUGAUAAUUUAUGCAUUAGGUUCGGCACGUGAAAAUGUCGACGUCUGAAUCUAAGCCGUUCCAAGUCGCAAUACUAGGCCGGGUUAGGCUGAAACAACGGCCAAGCAGUUCCAAAUUGAAAUAGAAUUUAUGCAGACGCCGAAUGUUUCGCGUACUUAAUUAAUUCCAUGUAAUUAGGCUCGGCACAUGUGAAGUUCAGUGUCAUAACUAGGUUAAGACUAAGUUAUAAGUUGGACUGUUUCUUUAAAAGUCUUUUAGGCCCUGUUCAGACACCACCCCACUUACGUGCCGAACCUAAUUGAAUAGAGGAGGAGAAGUGUAACGUCACGUUACCAUGGUAGCAAAGUUUUUGGAUCACAGCAAUGGAGAGCUUAAGUAACGACCAUAGCCUGCGAGCAAGCUCUCCUAUUUGGGCGAGUGAAACGAGUCUCGCGAGAACGCGCGAGCGAGCGGCGAAGCCGCAAGAGGCAGAGGAAAGGAGAGCUUGCAACGAUCCCUUACAAAUUGUUAUUUGUACUUCGCCCAGAUGAAGGGAAAUACCAUUGGCUGAAAAAUGGCGUUCCGGAAAUCAAAGUUGAUUGAUAACAGGCCAAGCUGGCACCCGCUUCGUCUGUGUGUCAGAUUUGGUUCUCAGGGGGAUCAGAUUGAUACCGAGAACUUGUUUCAGCCCUCAACGCAGACGGGCUCGUUUGAUGUAAUUCUCGCAAAGAGAAUAUUGCGUGCCGAGGAUAAGUCGGACCGAGUUUGUAGUUCUUGUGGAAGGAAAAUGAAAACCCUUCAUCAGUUGUAUUCAUUUGUGUCAAGCGCCUUGUUUUAAGUUCUGAAAACCGGGAGAGUGAAAGUGAAGAGUGAUUAAAGCGCUGUCUUCUAACAUCGGUUUCUUCGCCCGAUUGAAUUCUACUGGUUAGAAAAACUCAGAAACAUGUACUUGACAGUGUAGCUGUGUGGCUUGAUCGUAAAGAAGGAAAAGAGAAAGAGUUGGAAGCAACUGGAGUAAACCUUAAGAGAACCAAGUGCAAGAAAAUGCUAUUCUCCAGUUCCAUACGGACAAAUAUAUGAUGUCUUUGUUGGUGAUUGCGAUGGGGAGUAGUCUUCUACGCUGCAGUAUGGACGACUUUUCAAAAGUAAUCGAAAAGAGAAUCAAAGUAGUGAGUUGUUAUCCGAGCGGACACGUUGAAGUUCGAUGUCCCCGAGAAAAAAAAAACAUAUCAGUGAUUAAAAACAUUGCUUUAAUGCUGUUGCGAAAGCGAUUUAUAAAUAAAUAAUUCUACGCGCCCUCGGCUGUCUAAACUUACUUGACAGGCGGUUGUCACUUUUCUAAUCUGCAGCACGUUUGCGGUGACAAUUUUCACGCUUUGCGGAGUCCCGGGGUUCCCGUGGUGGAAAUGAAAAUUUAUGAGAGAUCGUGAGAGCCUGCUCGCAGGCUAUAACGACCACGGCGACGGCAACAAGAACGGCAAAAAAUCCGUAAGUUUAUAUUAACAAAACAACAACUUUGGACGUACAUCAAGCUUUUUACCCAUCGUUGCAUGACUGCGAUAUGAAAUUUCCUCAUUUCACGCGCCCCCUUCAUGGAGUACGUAAAAACAACACAAAAAAUUUCGUUUUCUUUUUUGAAACAAUGCGAAUUCUCUGUUUGAGUGAAUUUUCCGUUUCUUGUCAUCCAAAUAUUUUGCUACCAUGGCAACGUGAGUAGCGACUUCUUAUAAUCUCUAUUUGGUCCUACUUUGGAGCGACAUUGGCGCUGCCACUGAUUCCGUGAGACGGCGUACUGCGUGUCGAUCGAUCCUUACCUUGAUUUCGUGUACAGAGAAAGAGGAAGGCCAGAGUACAAUACCAUAUUUUUGUGCCAUAAUUGAAAAUUUUAGCCAGAUAGCGGUUCAUUUGAAUCAUUACAUUCGACAUUUUCGUGCUCUUUCACUGUCUGUAACUUUUCGGAAACAUAGCUCACAAUAUGCAACUGAACUGCCCACUAUCCAGCCCUUGACAGAACAAGGAAUUCAGAAGUAUUCUUGGCACCAUAAAUAAGUUUUUUAUCUUUUGUAUUCCUACCACCGUGAAUAAGUAUAUUUUUGUAUUCAUAAAACAAGAUGAGCAAGAUUGUCCUUCUUUACCCGCCAUUUCCCUCAAUUGAGUGUUCUGCGCUUGGCAACUGCCUAAAAACGAGCGGAAUUGUUGGAAUUGUUGGUUGGCACUUGAUAGGAGCGCCGUAUGAAUCACCUACCGCUCGAAUGACGUAUAAUGCGAGUACUGACUGUGUUGAAUUUGGCGUUUUUGCCACACUAAAUUAAAACUGCUGUACCAAAUUGAUUCAGCCGAGGCCCUUUUGCUGUAUUUAAGUCAUCAGUUAGGUUUGGCACAUGAGUGGAGCGACUUCUUAACCGAACCUUAAUUAGCUAUGUGUUGUUCCCCGUGGUGGUAACAUUACGUCAAUUCAGUUUUUAGAAGGUUGAUAAAACGGGGAAAGGGGAACGGGGAAGGACCAAAGAGAACGGGAAAAUGAAAAAUGGGAACAAAACUUAACUUGAACCCUAGCCCUAUCAGUAAAUUCAUUACCAUUCUCUUUCUCGUUCUUAUUUUCAUUUUUCCGUUGCCCGUGCUCAUUACCCAUUCCCGGUUCCCUGUUUUAGUAACAUCUGUUAUUAAUCUCCAGGUUUUUACUACGUAUGUACCCCAGGUAUCAUUGACGUAUAGAGCCAUCUUCGUUUUGACUCCCACAAGGUGCAGUAAGGAUCUUCUGUCACUCGUAAUUUAAUGACAUGUGUUUUGAGCAUCUAUCAAGUGACUCCAAUGCACAGCUUUGGAGCAAAGCGUUUUGACCUUCGACCGUUGUCGACCGCACUCCGUAACCUUCGGUUAUUACUAGUUUCAACUAAUUUUAUGUCUUUGGUUUUCCUUCUUCUAUUGCUUCUUAACUCAGCUUGUCAACAAGGGUGGAUUGGCCACGGGACGUCGUGUUAUAAAUUGGUUACGCCAUCUAAAACUUGGGAAAACGCAAAGAGGGAAUGCGAAAAAAGGUAUGCCAAAUUGGUAAAGGUUGAAUCUCGUGAAGAAAAUGAUUUCAUAAAAACGUUGCUUUUGCCGACCGACAAAGACGGUAAUUACUGGAUUGGACUUUCUGAUUCUGACAACGAAGGUGACUGGAUGUGGACGGACGGAACUCAAUUGGAUUCGGAU